AUGCGAACAGAUUACUGUACACUAAUCGAAUAUGGGAACAUUACUCGCCCCACACCCCGCGUCUCGAGGAAAGAGGAUCAGGCCGCCGUUGUAGGUUUAGGAACUGUCCGAAUUUGGCAUCAUUACUCGCCUGCCCUUCCUACAGUCAUGUUGAUCUCCCAAGCCACUGUCUUUUACCUCUACAAAAGUCAACAUAUCUACCCUACUCAAAGACUCAAGAUGGCCUAUACUAUUCAACUAAGCUCGGAUGAAAGCUUCAACUAUGAGAUCCUUCGCACUCUAUCACAUACCCGCUAUUCUGGCGCUGAUAUUGGCGAAGUGCUUCGGGCUGCUUCUUUGAUUGAGCCAGGAAACUUGGAGAAUUUCUACGAUGUCUUCCACACGCUUGCCGUCCGUGUCAGUAGCCAGGCAAAUGCAAUUGAUGCCACCAAGAAUCCCAUCUCGGCUCGCGAUGCCUACUUCCGGGCUGCGGCCUAUUUCCGUAACGCAGGCUUCUACCUCGACGGUUCUCCCAAUGACCCACGCAUUAAUGGAAUAUGGGAUGAGCAGUUGGUCAACUUUGACAAAGCUAUCGCAUUACUCCCUAUUCCCGGAGAGCGCCUCCUUCUCAAGGGCGAUGGAUUCGACAUUCCCACGAUUUUCUACCGCGCCGGUUCACCUGAAGCCACGCCCAAACCUAGACCCACCAUCAUCGUCAGCACCGGUUACGACAGCGGCCAGGAAGAGGUAUUCCACGCGUUUGGCUUCGCGGCUCUCGAGCGCGGUUACAAUGUCAUGACAUACGAAGGACCAGGCCAGGGCUCAGUACGCCGACAUCAAAAUGUAGGUUUCACGCAUGCGUGGGAGAAAGUCGUGUCACCUGUCGUUGAUCAUCUCGUUGCCCGGCCCGAUGUCGACUCGACACACCUAGCCCUGAUCGGAUGGUCGUUAGGCGGCUAUCUCUGCGUGCGUGCCGCUGCUUUCGAGCACCGCCUCGCUGCCACCCUAGCUAUUGACGGAGUCUAUGACUUCUCCCCAGCUAUCCUUAACAUGCUCCCCCCCGCUGUGCGAGCUGCCUACACUGCUGGGAACAGCAGCGAGGUCGAUAGCUUGAUGAACGAUUUUCUCGCGAGCGACAAGCUCCCAACAACAAUGCGUUGGGCGAUUGAGCAUGGCCUAUGGAGCUUCGCCACUGGAAGUAUGACGGAGUUCAUCAAGAUGACCAAGCUGAUGACCUUGGAAGGCGUGGUAGACCGUGUCGAGUGCCCGGUUCUGGUGGGCGAGGCGACAGAUGAUAUCUUCUUCCAAGGUCAGCCGGCAUUGGUGGCCGCGGCAUUGGGAGAUAGGGCUACGCAUCUUGUGUUGACGGCUGAGGAUGCUGCGAAUCCGCAUUGCCACGUAGGGGCUUUCUCGUUUGCUAAUCAUCUUUUUUAUGAUUGGCUUGAAAAUGUGUUUUCGAGCAGCGGGGUUGGUGGAGAGUAG